AUGGCUCAAUCCCUAGCCUUAGGCGCAGUUUCUCAGAAAUACUGGAAUAAUUCUAAGCUAAAGCAUGGGGAGAAUAAGGUCCGGAUUGGCCAACACAACCGGCGAUUUGCAAAACGUCUUCAAAUUUUUAACCUGGCAGUAAGCAAGUUCACCGACUUUCUCACCGCUAAGUUUACCCAGAAGACGAACCACAAUGGCGGCGAAAGAAGUCCGGAAAUGCAGGGCUCCACCUUCAUCGCUCCCUAUUACUUGAACCUCCCCACCCAGGUGGACUGGAGGUCACUGGGCGCAGUUACUCCGGUCAGGCAGCAGAGCAGCAAUCAAAGCUGCGGCAGCUGCUGGGCCUUUGCGACCGCUGGGGCCCUCGAGGGUCAGCACUUCCGCAAGACAGGAAAUCUAAUCCCGCUGUCGCCCCAAAACUUGAUAGACUGUUCUGCACGAUAUGGAAACAGAGGCUGCGACGGUGGUUCAAUGGCCAAAUCCAUCGACUUCAUAAAGCACAAUGGUGGCUUAGCAACGGAGCAGUCAUAUCCCUAUAGGAACGUCCAAGGGGAAUGCCAGCAUAGGAGCGCCACCAUCGGAGCCACUAGCUCUGGAUUCGUGAAAUUACCCUAUGGCGACGAGAAGAAACUAGCCGAGGCCGUGGCUUCCAUUGGACCCAUUUACGUGAGCAUCGAUGGGUCUCAGGAAUCCUUCCUUAAUCACAAAUCGGGAAUUUACGAAGAUCCCAAGUGCUCAAGCUCAAUACAAAAGGCAGGGCAAAUACAUGAUGUCCUCAUCGUUGGCUAUGGCACCGAUCCGGCAACCGGCAAGGAUUACUGGCUGGUUAAGAACUCUUGGGGCACCGAUUGGGGAGAAAACGGAUACAUCCGGAUGAUACGCAAUGCGAACAACCACUGCGGAAUAGCCUCCUUUGCAAGGUAUCCUCUGGUUUAG